UUAUUGUGCUUAUUUUGAUUCGGCUGGGGUUCGUUGUUCGACUGGAUGUUCAAGAGAGCCUGUGCAUACGCAAUUUCUGCUUCUUAGGUCGGUUCUGGAUUCCCACUGACUGGUGGAAUGAGCAGCAGUGAACAACACAAACAAGAAACUGUGGAUGGGGAUGCGGAUGGGGAAGAUGUUGACAUUCCCGGAGGUCAAACCAUUGCUAGGAUCAUCAACGCCAUAAAGAGACCGUUUCAGGUUGACACAGGUGAGAUUUCACCGGUUUGGGAUGACUCAGACACGUACGACUUCAGCCACCGUGACAGAGGCCUCAUGGUGAUAGUAAACAACGAGCAUUUCAAGGGCCACUCCCCAAGGCCAGGAUCGGGGGUUGACGUCGCCAGCUUGCAAAAAACAUUCUCCUCCCUCGGGUUUAAUGUGAACACUUAUCACAACCAAACACAGGAACAAAUGAUGAAAAUAUUCAAAAAAGCUUCAAGGAGUGAUCACAGUCAGGCAGACUGUUUUGCGUGUGCUAUACUGUCACAUGGGGAUCAGGUUCAUGUGAUUGACAAGAAAAUCCCAGACCAACAUGUGCGGGAAGAUGUUGUCUAUGGCACGGACCAGAUCAUCCUCACAAGGGACAUCGUGGGGCUGUUCACAGACCAGAAGUGUCCAACACUGACCAAUAAACCAAGGCUCUUCUUCAUGCAGGCAUGUCGAGGGUCGACCCUGGACUCCGGAGUGGACCUGUCUGUGUACAAUGAAGACAGUACCGAUGGCUGCAGGGACAAGACAGAGGUCACCCCAUGCCCUCUGUACAAGGACUUUCUCAUCAUGUAUGCUACACCACCAGGUUACUAUGCCUUCCGUCGUCCUGACACGGGGUCUUGGUUUGUGCGUGCCCUGUGUGAAGUGCUGGACCAUCCGGAAGCAAGUUCCCGCCACCUGCGUACACUCCUCACUGCUGUUGUUAGACUGGUUGCCCAGAAGUACCAGUCACGCUCCUUCAAUCUCCGUAUCUCUGGGAAGAAACAGACACCUUGCUUCUCCUCCAUGCUGACCAAGGACAUCUAUCUUACACCGAAGUCCUGAUAACCUGUAUCUACCUCCAACCUUAAUCUUAAUACAUUCCCAGUCUGAUGAUAUCUUCAUUUUACUUUCAAUAAACUUGAGUUAUAGUAAAGGGAGCACCUGCAGUCAUUCUGUUAUGUUUACAUAUUGGAUGAAGGUUUUUAAUAAUAAUCAGAAAAUUGCAGGUCCAAAAGGCAAACUUCAGAGCCUUAUUCUGGCCUUUUUUGUCGAGAUACAUAAUUAAAGGAAGUUUUGGAAUUUAAAAGGAAAAGGCCAUUUCCAGGGAUUUGACAAAUUAUGUAAACAUAAUUAUGAGGAUGCUGUUAAUGAUUCCAUUGUUUUAACUCUUGUUUUUAGAAUUUGAAUUUUUAGAAUUUGAAUCAAAACAUAAAAUCUAACAUCUCCUUCAUAAUGAAAUAUAAUUCACCCAUACCUGAUAUUUAAGUUUUAUUCAUUUUAAUGUGACUAUUUGAAGAGGGAGAGCUAUAUACCCAGCCUUGCGUCAUACCUUUGUUAAGGUAUUACAUGUUAGCAAAUUUAAGUCAUUGUCUCCGCAAAAACAUCAUGUAUUGCAUUUUGAAACUAGAAGUGUACCCAUAAAUCAAGUUAGGUUAUUAUAUAUUGCAUGUUAUGCAAAUUAUGUCCCUUUAUUUUAACUUUAAAAUUCUGGUUAAGGUUCUUUACAUGUUAGCACACAAGACGAUACCUCAGCAACUACUAGAUUAUUAUUGCAUUGAAGCUAAUUACUGUAUACUCUACCUUCCAAACAAUGUGGGAUAUCUAUAGUGUAUGAGGCUUUAAAAUUUGAAACAACAAAGCUGUAUCUUUCAUAUUAAAUCCUAUUUGGCUUGAAAAGGAGUAACAUUUAGCCCUGCUACACACAAUGAAGAUUUCUAGCAAGCUUUGUGAACAUUUGGCCACAGCUUUUUUUCUGAAAUAGUAAAAUGUGUUUUAAUCUGUACAUUCCUGUUUUGAACGUGGUUUUUAGUGUCGCCAGGCUCGGACCGAUUGUCGCCAGGCUCAGACCGGUUGAGGUUCCAAUUUUUUUUCCAAACUUUUAGAAGCCCUGGUUUUUACAUACCCAGGUUCAUAUACACAAUAAAGUAUACAAUCCCGAUAAGGAACUAUAUUAUGUUUUUUUUUAUAUUAUUUUAAUUGUUAGCAAUUGAUCAGUGUAUUUAUCUCACUGAAUGUUAAUUUCAGCUUAUCUCAUUUUACUUUGAAUGUCAAACUGAAGAUUAAUGACUUCAUUGUCAAUGUAUCUUCAAGAUGAAACUCAUGGCAUUUAGUGUUCAUAGGUUGUUUGAUGAAUGUUUUUGUCAUUAUUUAUUUUUAGGCUGGCAUAUGUCUUUUUUGCCUCGAAUCAUAUUCUUGAACAAAUGUCACAAUUGUGAUCAUUUUGUAGAUUAUGGACAACAUUUCACAGGCAACGCUUGUGAUUGGUCAUCGGACAUUGUAUUGUGGUAAAAUCAUGUGAUGUUGAAGAAACAGGUUGCGUUUUUGACUCUGGUUAGUUCAGCAGAUUUUAUGCUUUGUACAAUCUUUGAAGCCUAAUUUAUCAGCGUUGUAGUUGAAUUCUCCCAGAAAAGAUUUGCAAAUAAUGAGUGUAAAUAUAAACAUUGAAUAUUACUGAAAUUGCAGUUCAUCUCUUUAGGACACUAUUUGAUCAGUGUUCAGUUUAUUGUGUGAAGUUCACAAACCUUACACAGUCUAAAUGUUUUCAUACACCGGUGAACCGCAAUAUUAUUAUCCUAUUCAGUUCUUCUCUUUUGCAUCAUCACUUCUGUAAAUGAUGCCGGUAGUCAACUUGGCAGUCAGCUCAUGUUACCAUAUUUACAUUGUACUCUCCAGUAAAGAAAUUUAUUGCAUUUUAGUAAUUUUUAACUGUAUACUUCUUAUUUUAACAAUAUUCAUGAAUAUGUUAGUUUUUUGUUUUUUGUUAUUUAUUUAUUGCUAAACUUUGCCAUUUAAAGAGGCAACAAGUCAUUUGUAAUUCAUAUAAACAUGCAUAAACUUGGUCUUUUCUUAAGGCAGUUAAUUUUAUUCUAGUCUCUUAAUUAUUAACACUGUUAUUAGAUUUUUAUUAAUCAUCAAUAUAUACCCUAAUAGAGCAAACAAAAUGUUAUACGGUAAUAAUUUGGGAUUUUUUUCUUAAAAGAAAUGUUGAGUGCUCCUCAGCAUCUCCGCUGAUUAUGAUCAUCUUACAUGUAGAUUUCCCUGGUCAGUAUUUUUUUAAUUUAUUGUGAGUUGACAUUCUUUUCCAUUCGAUCCACUCUGUUUUCAGUUUUAUUUGUUCUCUUUUUUCCAAAAUUAAAUGAAGAUAAAUCUAAAUUACAGGUAAGUCUUUGAGUACAUUAUUUUGCAUGAUUAUCUUUCAAGAUAUACAUGCCCUUUCAAAUACAGUUGCAUUAGCUAUUAAAACAGUUAAGUGUAGUAUUAAAUACAUUGACAUAAAAAUUUACCUACCGUAUUAUAUGGAAUAAUAAAAAAAAAAAUAGUAAAAAAGUAAAUUUACUGCUCGAUGAGUAAAAUCAGAUCUUCAGAAGUUCGUCUUUAUUUUACAUUCUUAGUCUCUGUAUUGUUUUGUUUCCUUCUUGAAAAUGCCAUAUGGUUUACAUAUUUUUCUGUGCAGACUGAAUUAUUUUUGAAUAAAAACAAAAUAAAUUUGUGUGUAUUU